AUGCCUAUGUCAACCGUAAUCUACGGUAUUCUUCUUCCUUCUCUUGGUUUCGCAAGGAUGGCUGCACAUGCUGAUCUAGGAUGCCGAGAUGUUUCUGCAGAAGUUUUAAUGCAACUGAUCCUAUUCUCGGAAUACUGUGCUGCGGCUACUUGUGCAGGAAACUUCAACUCCAAAGGGACAAGGGUUGUGUGCGAUCCAGGUGUAUGCCCGACUCUGGAGCAGACGGAGACAAUCAUAAUCACUGGAUUCAAGGAACUUAAUCCGGGUGACACUACUGGCUUCCUAGCCCUUGAUACGACUAAUAAACUGAUCGUUCUGUCAUUCCGGGGUACCCGAACGCUAGAAAACAUCAUCACGGAUUCUGAAUAUCAGCAGGUACCUAUCUAUGAAAUUUGUCCAGAUUGCCAAGUUCAUCGUGGUUUCUAUUAUGCCUGGAUAAACUUCUCACAAUUCAUAAUGCCAUAUAUCGACCGUAUCGCUACGGAACAUCCAGACUAUAACAUCAUCUUCACUGGUCACAGUCUUGGAGGUGCCCUUGCCACAUUUGGGGCAGUACUUGAGGGAAGCACCAACAGACCCAUUGGUCUGUAUACUUUUGGAUGUCCUCAACUAGGGAAUUAUAGUUUUUCUGAAUUUGUCGGCCGCCAAACUUCAGACACCGGAUACAGAGUGACUCAUACGGAUGAUCCGGUGCCCAGAAUCCUAUCUACGACUGCUAAGGUCAACAAGACUUGGCAGUAUAGUACAACAUCCCCAGAAUACUGGAUUACCUCACCAAAUGGCGCACCAGUCACGAUCAGUGAUAUCCUGGUGAUUGCGGGCAUUGAUAACAAACGUGGAAACCUUGGCCAAACCGCGUUUGAUCUUGCAGCUCAUAAUUGGUACAUUGGCAACAUG